CUCUGCGGGAGUCACUCUCUCUUUCUUUCACUGCAGACGCGACCGCCUCUCCAUGCGCCCUGAGCCGGAACAUCGCGCGCGGUUCAGAAUCCUUUUUUCUUGCGUCUGGGUCUUCUCGUUCUCACCCCUUUCUUGAAAAGAGGUCUGCGGACCUUUUCCCAGUCUCCUUCAGCUCUCCGAAGAACGAAUUUCUGAGUCGAGUCUUCACAGCCGAUUCCUCCCAGUCUCGGAGUGUAUAAGGAUAUCCUGUUUCCACUUCUCCUUUCAUCCGGUUGUCGUCUCGCGUCAUUCCCUGCUGGUUUUGAUGUCCGAUUCCUUCUCUCCGCCUCUCCCCCCGUCUCCUCGCUCUGUGUGACCGUUGUCUCGUCUCCAGCACCGCCACUGUGAUCUCGUUCUCCUCGUCUCUCUCCCGGUCCCCAUUUCCUUUCGUUUUUUUCUCUCCUGUUUCCUCUCAGUCCUUGUUUCGUUUGUCUCUUGUGCAAAGUACCUCCUGCUCGUUUCAGUCUUCCCUCUCCCUUUUCGCUGCGCUUGAUUCUCACUCUCUUCUUCUAUCUCACUUCGUCGCUCUCCCUUCCACUCUCUCUCUCCCUGUCGCAUGCUGCGUCUGCUCGUCUCGCUGGGCAAAAAGCCUUUCGCGACGAAGCCAGAGCGUUUGCAGUCUCUCACCGUUGCCAGGGAAGAGGGAGACGCCUCGUUACGCCUCGUCCGCAUGCACCCUUGCAGCGUCCCGCUCUCGAAAACGCAGGCAUUCAGAAACCGAAGAUGGAGUCUGUUCUUCUUCAGCCAAUUAUUUCUUCGAACUUCCACAAAUGCGGCGGAAAGCCUGUUCGUCUCGGCAUUGACGAAGCGGGGCGCGGCUGCGUCUUGGGCGCGAUGGUCUACGCCUGCUUCUUCUGUGCAGCUGAAGAUGAGAAAAAGGAACUCAAGGCUCUCAACGUCGACGACUCGAAGAAGCUCAAAGAAUGGGAGCGUGAAGAAGCUUUCGAAGCCAUUCAGGCGAAGCGCGACUUGUUUGGGUGGAGCAUUCAUGCGAUUCGCUCCGAGGAAAUUUCUGCAAAGAUGCUGAGGAAGAAGAAAUACAGCUUGAACGAGAUCUCCCAUGACACUGCGAUUUCUCUGAUCCUGCGAACGGUGAAAAGCGGAGUUAACGUCACAGAAGUCUUUGUCGACACCGUCGGCAACGCGAACGCAUACCAAGCAAAAUUGAAGGCUCAUUUUCCGUCUAUAAAAAUCAAGGUGGCGGAGAAGGCAGAUUCGCUGUUCCCGGUUGUGAGCGCGGCGUCGAUUCUUGCCAAAGUCACGCGCGAUCGCAUGCUCGUUCGCUGGACGCCGCACAGGCUCGAGGAAGACGAACGAGAGCGAGAGGAAGACGCGGACAGAGAAGGGAACAAGAAGGAGAAAGCGGCGGAAGCAGAGAAGGAAAACGAGACUUCGCCUGCGCCGCGAAAAAGAGUGAACGAAGACGAAGAGGUCGAGGCGAAUCCGAAGAAGAAAGGGAAAGGAGAGAAGGAGAAGACGAGAAACGCAAAAGGCGCCGCCUCCUCGUCAAUUUUCGGCAGCGGCUAUCCAGGAGACUCGGAGACGAUUGCCUUCCUGAACAGAAACUGCGACCCCGUUUUCGGCUUUGACGGCUUCGUCCGCUUCAGCUGGUCCACGGCUCGGCUUAUAUUCGAGAAGCGCGGCGUCCCCGUUGACUGGUACGACGAGGUGGACGACGAGGCAGGGUCAGGUGCCAGCGAAGCGAAGCAGAGCAGAAUCACGAAUUUCUUCGCCGCAAAGCGCGAGGCGACUGCAGGCGGCAUCGAAAGACCUGCGUUCUUUCUUCGAUCGAAACUGCAGCUGCUCUCCAACCUGGGCGUUUAAAGAAAAUUCAGCUUUUCUUGAAAUGCGCGAGACUGUGCGUGACCAACAUUUGUUGGGGUUCUGCGACAUCCAAUAGUGUACAUUCGAAUCCCACCUGCUUUCAGCGUGGAGCCUCAAACUCUGUGCCUCCACGCCGCUCGAAAGUCUUUUGCCUCUGCACCAACGCUGAGGCUUUUGUCAAAUUCCACGAGAACUUGAUUGACACGCUUCUAAAAGAAUGAAGACGCCGACAAAAAGGCAACGAGACCCUCCUCUAACGUACAAAUCAG